CUUUAACACUCGAAACUCUCUCUUGUUGUUUUCAAACUGCCCUGCUGUCUCUUUCCACGUGUUCCAGACGUUUCCAUCGCUCCUCCCCUCACCCUCCCGAUCUCUCCACGCUCAUUGGCCCGCCCGCCUGUCACUCAGCUCGGACCCCGCCCACUCGUUUGCUUGACAGUUCGCUCCUGACGUCACCGGUUCCGUCCCAACACGGAAAUAUCUGAAUCGAGGUAAGAAACGGUGUGGUUUCUGUCAUCGUGGGUUUUCAGCAGAUUUUCACGGUGUCUAUCGGUCCGGUUCUGAUACUCUCGGACCCUCUGACUCAUGGACUCUCGGGACCGAAGACAGACCACGACCUCUGUUCCAGUCAGGAGUUCUACAGAUCCAGUCCGGAGCCAGUAAAGACCGAGUCUGCUCCGGGUCAUGGGGGGGUCUUUGAGACGCCUGUUGCUGUCUGUUCUGCUGCUGCUGCUGUCCGGACCGACCCAGGUAAACUUAGGAGGGUGUGUGUGUGUGUGUGUGUGUGUGUGUGUGUGUGUGUGUGUGUGUGUGUGUUUGUUGUUGUUCGGCUCUUUUCUUUCGGUCUAUUUCUGCUGCAGUGGUCGGGGUCCACAGCUGGUACACCCCCCCCUCCAUGUCUAUUUCAGGCUCCAGGAGAGUGACCAUGAUACUGUGAUCUGAUUGGACGAUUGGACUCAAACGUUCAAAGACAUUUAUCCCUAAAACACGAUCGACCAAACAAGUUUACGUGGUUUUCAUGAUGUUGUGUUGGUCUUAGGUUGCUUCAGCAUUGCCUUGAUACUGUGGCCGAGAACUGCCACUGCUGCAAAUUAAAAAUAAUGCAAAAAAAAAGGAGAAGUUACUGAUGCAAAAAAAAGAAACCGAAGUUCACUGCAAAUAAAAAAAGGAACAAUACAAAAAAAAAUAACAACGACAACAGAAGUUACUGAUGCGAAAAGAGAAACUGAACCCCACUGCAAACAAAAAAAACUGUGCAAAAAAUAAAAAACAAAACAAAAAACCCCACUGCAAACAAAAAAUGAAACAAUGCAAAAAAAUAAUAAAUAAAUAAAUAAAUAACGACAACAGAAGUUACUGAUGCAAAAAAAACCCCGCUGCAAAUAAAAUAAGAAACAGUGCAAAUAAAAACAAACACAAAAACAAAAAACACUGCAAAUAAAAAAAGAAACAAUGCAAAAAAAAUAAAUAACAACAGCAGAAGUUUCUGAUGCAAAAAAUAAAUUAAUAAAUAAAAACAAGCCUGCUGCAAAUAAAAAAGAAAUGGUGCAGAUAAAAAAUAAAAAAGCCACAACGGAAGUUAACGACGCAUCGGUGUUUUACGAGUUUUUUGUUAUGAAUGGCUUAUUUCAGUUAUUUUGUUGCAUUUUUUUAUAGUCCCCUCAUGGCCCUUUUUUUCCUCCCUUUGGACAACGCACAGUUAAAAAUAAAAGAAAACUACUUUAAUUUGUCAUGUAUCGUCCUAUUUUAAAUUAUUUUGAUGACAAGUAAUUUUUCUUGGGUUUAUUAUUUCGAGUAAAAAUCACCUGAUAGCGAUAGUGAUGGUGUUCCAGGGUUAAUACGAAGUGAGCGGGUGGGACAGGUCCGGUCUGCGCUAUCUGUGUUUGUGACAUGUUGAGUUUGUACCUAGGUCAAGUUUGGAGGAGCUGCACCCGUUAGAGGGUAAACAUGGGAGCGGCAGACAGUCUGUGUGUGUGUGUGUGUGUGUGUGUGUGUGUGUAAGGAUAUCCUGCUCCGUGAGAGACAGCAAGAAAGUGACUGGUAGACCUGCUGACACACCCACCUCCACUAACACACACACACACACACGCUGUCGUCAACUGGUCUACUCCAAGUUCUCUCUCUUUCCUCCGGUCAGGUGGGAGGAGUCAGGUCCGUCACCCUCCCAGAAUCCCUCCUGUUUGUCUCCACCCUGGAUGGCAGUCUGCACGCCGUCUCCAAACAGUCCGGAGACAUCAAGUGGACUCUAAGAGAAGGUUUGUACCCUCUAAUGUCAACACUGGGUCCUAGUCCUGAUUCACAUUCACAUUCAGAAGACCUCACUUCAUUUCACAGUAACCCGCCUUGUUGUUAAACAAUCAGGAACAGAAAAAUAUCAGACAUUCACAGCAGCGUAUGGCCCAAACAUUCCCCUGUCAGCACCACAGAUCAGCAAUAAAUAAAUGAAAAGAUAAUAAAUACAUGUGCUAAAACAAUCCUGAGACCCCCAAAUCCAUCACAGGCCACUAAUCUGCUACUUCUCAGCGUUUAGCAGCCUGAUCGCUGAGGGGAUACGUGAGUUGGAGUAUCCAUUUGUUCUUCUUGGGGGGGGGCAUAGUAGCGCCUCCCAGUGGGCAUAAGAGAAAAGGAUGUGUCCAGGCUGGUCCGUGAUUCUCAGGUCCAUCAGCUGGACUCGGGUGAUUUUGGAGCAGACUUUACAUGAUAAAAAAAGGCAGGACACCCUCAGAAACAUGAGAAGAUCUUAGUUUCCACAACAAGUGACUCCUUUGUUGACAUAGUUCAGAGAUUCUUGUAAGAGUCAAGAAUCUGUACAUCGUCACCAUGGAUGAUACUAAACUCAGGUGUUCUCCUGUAUCCUCAUGAAGCUGCUCUUUCAUUUGCAGACCCCAUCAUACAAGUACCGGUCUACCUCAGUGAGUAAGUAACACACACGGAGAACACACACCUGCACAUGCAGACCCUCUGUAGGGUCCGGCGGGUCUAACUUUGGUUUAUUUAUGGUUCUGUAGGCCCAGUUUUCUACCCGACCCCAACGAUGGCAGCUUGUACGUCCUGGGCGGGAAGCACAAAGAAGGCCUGGUGGUAAAGACCCGAGUUCUCCGAACAGUCUGUUCAUGUUUCUGCUGAUUUUGACUCCAUGAUAAAAACGUUUCUUUUCACAGAAACUGCCCUUCACAAUCCCAGAGCUGGUCCAGUCCGCCCCCUGCAGGAGCUCUGAUGGUAUCCUCUACACAGGUGAGGCUGUCCUCUUAUUUUUAAUCUGGUACCUGGUGCAGCUUCCCCCUCAGGACAUAUGUAGAAAACAUGACUGUGAUGGAGUCCAGUAUCGCUGAUCAGACAGACACGACUCAGAUCUGAGUCGACAUGAUCAUGAUUCCCUCUGCAGCCGGUUUGUGUUCACGUUCUAAUGUCAGAGACGGUUGAUGACAGAAAAGACAUAAAUGUUUGACAUCCCUCAGUGCUGUUGGAUAAUAAUUCUGUGGGUGUGUGUGUGUGUAUGUAUGUGUAUGUGUGUGUGUGUGUGUGCACUUGAAGGUAAAAAACAGGAUGUGUGGUUUGUGGUGGAUCCUGAGACAGGUGAGAAGCAAACCAGUUUAACUACAUCUGCCUCUGAAUCCAUCUGCCCCAACUCUCCUCUGCUCUACAUCGGACGCACAGGUAUCUCUCACACACACGUGCACACACACACACACACACACACACACACACACACACACACACACGCACACACACACACACACACACACACACAGGUAUCUAAGCUCACUGUUCAGACACUUUGCACCUGCUUCUUCUCCAGAGUACAAGGUCACCAUGUUUGACACGAAGACACAGGAGCUGCGCUGGAACGCCACGUACAACGACUACUCUGCUCCGCCGUACGAUGAGAAACAGGAUUACAGUACGUCAGUCACACACACACACACACACACACACACACACACACACACACACACUCAGUCACACAGACUGACACGGUCGCUCUGUAAACUGCAUCUCCACAGACUCAAACACACGGAGUAGAGUUCUGCAGAACCUGUUCCCUGAAAUGUUUGAAAUGUUUGAAGCUCAGAUUUCACUCUUUCAAGUGCAGGAGUCAUUCUAUUUAAAAUAUAUCUACACUUUUACAUAGAAACCAACCACAUCUUAGUCAUGCAGCUUCUAUCAGGAGGUCCAGACCAGGUUUGUUUUCACCUCCUUCAGAUUGUUGCUCCUCUCAGCACCAUGAGAUAACCUCCACAAGUGUCUUUAACAUAGAGUGAUGGGACCUAGAUCACAAAGUAGAUCAAAUUUUGAAACCUGUCUGGGUCCAUUAUUGAAUUUAAGAUGGAGCAGUGACAUGAACUUCACCAGCUUCUCCAAAGCCCUGACUGGUCUCACCUGUUGUCCUUUCAGAGAUGGCCCACCUGGUGUCCAGUGGGGACGGUCUGGUGGUGACAGUUGACAGAGAGUCAGGUAGGGGGAGGUGUGUGGUUUUUAACAACAUCCAGACCAAAGAGCUUUACAGAGUCACGUCAAGAAAACAAGAAAAACAAACAAAUCUGUCAGGAUUCAAACAUCUUCAUCUUCAGGUGAAAACCAAGCUCAGGUUACAUCUCUGUGAUUUCCCAGGUGAUGUUUUGUGGAGUCAGAACUACGGCUCACCCGUCGUGGGGGUCUACCUGUACUCCGGCGACUCGCUAAGACACGCCCCCCACGUGUCUCUCGCCAUGGAAACGCUUCGCUUCCUCACCUUCUCCUCAGCCAGCGACCAGGCAGACACCCACUCCACGCUAAAGUGGAGCUACCAGUUUGUGAAGGAGCAGGCCAGUGCACAGGCCAACCUGGUGUAAGAGACACCGCACACACACACACACACACAUACACACCAAGCACACACGCACAUAAAUUCAUCACAGUGGUCACAGUCUGUGGUUUUCUGUGAGGUUAUAAUUUCAUCAUUCUGUUAGACGCCAAAUUCCUGCUGAAGCUCAAAAUAGACCAACUCUGUCCUGGUGGUCCGCUUGCUUUUAUACAUCACUUUACUAACUCUCAAUAACUUAAAAUAACUUUAAAUAACUAAAUAAUUUUAAACAACUUUAAAUAACUGAAACUCUAACUAACUUCAGAUAACUGACUAUUUUUAAGUGACUCUAAAUAACUAGAACCAACUUUAAAUAACUUUAAGUAACUCUAAAUAUUUUGAACCAACUUUAAAUACCCUUAACUAACUUUAAAUGAUUCUAACUAACUUGAACUAUAACUUUAAAUAACUUUAAGUUAUUAAAACUAAGUUUAGAUAACUUUUAAAAACUUCAAUUAAGUUUGAAUGAUUUUAAAUGAACUUGAUUUGACUUUAACUAACUUGAACUAAUUUUAAAACUAAAACUAACUUUAAACAAUCUUAAAUAGUUUUAAAUGAUUUUAACUAACCUCAAAUAACUUUAAAUAAUUUUGAACUAACUUUAACUAACUAAAACUGAGUUUAAAUAAUUUUUAACUUACUUAAACUAACUUUAAAUAAUUUCAAAUAACUUUAAAUAAUUUUAACUAACUUUAACUAAGUAAAACUAAGUUUAGAACUUGAAUUAACUUUAAAUAACUCAAACUAAUUUCAACUAAGUUUAAAUAAUUGUAAACAAACCUAAACUAUCUUUCUGUUUCCCUCUCUUAGACCCACUCUCUUCGUGGGUAAACUGGACUCCCACCUCUACGCCUCCACUUCGUUUGCACAUCACGGGGUCUCAUUAGUGGUAAGUUUGUUCAUUAUUACAGAAUCGCGUUUAUACACACAGUAAACUUUAACAUCUGUCUGUGGUCUUUACGGUAUUUACGGUAAUCAAAUCAGGUGUAUCAGUAUUUAAGGCGGCUGUCAUUUGACCCUUUUCCACGGCAGCCUCGAGGACUGAUCCUGGGUCAGAUCGAGGGUCCGCAGACAUCUGGAGUGACAGUCAGAGCGGAGGGGGAGUGCGAGAUCACGCCGACCACGGAUGUGCGUUAUCCAGCAGGGACCACAAACAGCCUGAAGAACCACUGGCUGUUCAUAGGUAAAGGUUAUUACACAGGGAAACCCCUCUCGCUGUCUUAAAGGGGAGGUUUUAAAGGGAAGGUUUUGAAUGUCUGACGCAAUCAAAUAAAAGUCCAUCAAACGGAGAUCAGUCUUUUAUUUGACGUCAGAAGAAGCUAACCCCGCCCUCUUCUCGGGUCCUGAACCUUUACUUCCUCUGUGUGCUGUAGGUCAUCAUGAGCGCCCCCCCAUGGCUCACACCACCAUGCUGAGGGAAUUCCCAGCCAGCCUGCAGCGCAAUGGCAAGAGAGUCAUCCCUCCGCCUCCUCAGAACACUCCCUCCCCUCCGGCGCCAAACUUCUACGAUCGCUACGUGAGUCACAGCACUGUCUAUGUGUGGUCGACGAGAAUCACCAAUCAGGUGUCUUUGUCCAUCAGAGUCCAUCUCAAGUGUCCUAAAUCUGUGUCCUCUGGCUCCAGACUGAUGCUGGGGACCCCGAUGGUAACGGAGAGGAGGAUGAGGAGAAGACGAAGGGGCGGCCUCGGAGACAGGUCCCUGUGCUGCCAGUUUUCAUCACUCAGGACCGCCUCACUCUGGCUGUUCUCACGCUGCUGCUGGGAGGAUGGCUGGCCUUCGCGCUGACCUACCCAGUUGUGAGUCUGUGUGUGUUUGUGGGUGUGUGUGUGAGGCUGGAGUGGAGAUGGUCUAAUAAGUUUUUAAUAAAACAGUGUAAAAGACCAAACGAAGCUGACCGCUGUAGCACCGCUCAGGGUCACAGGGACCUGACUCAGAGUUUGCAGACGGAGGUUCUGCUCGGUCCUUCUCAGCGUCUCUAAAACUCGUCUCUUCGCUGCUGUGUUCCUCCGCCAUUGUUAAGCUAACGCAGUGUGGCGUCUGUGUCUCUGCUGCCCCACAGGUGUCACUUCAUUUUCACACCAUGCUAGUCGCAGCUUGCACAAUGUGACAGCGUCUUUUUGAGUCUAAUUAGAGAAACAUUUCAACCCUUUAACCCUCGAUUCCUGUUAAUUUGAAGCUCCAUCCAGCCGACUUUGUCCACAAAACGGACAUGCAGAUAAGUUGUCAUAAAAUAAUCUUUUUUUUUAACUUGUUUUCAACUCAUAUCUCUUAAACAGCUUCAGCCCUAACCAUUAAAAAAAUAAUAAAUACAAAAUUCAAUGUAUUACCCUUUUCAUGCCAGUCUUUGUGCGCCAUGUCACUGCAUGUAAAGUUUCAGUCAUUACAGAUGAUGUUCGGUGGAUGAAUCAGCGCUUCAAACACUCUCAGUCCAUGAAUGAAGACUUGCGGCACCGAAGGGGUUAAACUCAUGUGCUGGUUCAAUCUGUUGUAUCACUGUCAGGAAGUCAAAUUUAGAGCCCUGCUGAUCGACUGACUGCAAGAAAAAAGGUUGUAAUAUGUUGUUACAGUGCUGUAAACACACGGUCAAAAAACGUGUUUUUGAUGGAGGUCUAUUGUCUGAUUUGUGGACAAAGUAGGGUGGGUGGAGCUAAAAUGCGGCGACGGAGAACUACAGGUGACACUUUUUUUUAAUAUGAAGAAAAAUAAGAUCUCUCACCAAAUCUGAUGUCCCAAUCUUGAAAAAUGUGACUGUCAGCUCAAAAUAAAGAUGAAAAAAAUGACGAAUGUCCUCGAAACGGAACCGAGGGUUCAAGUCCAGUCAGCAGAGGAACUGCUCCCUGCUGUCUUCACAGACCAGAUCCAGGUCUCAGGGACGUGGUCAGUCCUUUAUUUUCAGACUGACCGAUCCACGGUUUGCGCUCUCUCUCUCUCUCUCUCUCUCUCUCUCUCUUUUUCUCUUGUUUUGAUCUGUUUACGUCUUUGUUUCCGCAGCGAGCCGCGCAGCAGCUCAAAGCUCAGAGGCAGCUGGAGGAGGCUUUAGAGUCUCGUCUCCAGAGGAUGCAGACCAACACGCAGACGGGUUCGGUCGACUCGAACCCUUCCACGGAUGGAAACCUCUCCAGCAGUGAGUUACUGAAACAAGCUCUCUGAAACAACGUCAGACCAUUUGAAGGAUUUGAAAUGAUGAGUGAAUGAAAACCUCUCUGAUCCAGGCUCUCCGGCUGCUCCUGCUGAUCCUCCUCCUCCGCCCAGCCCUGCGUCUCUCAGCAGCAGCUCUCUGGAUGUGGAUAAAAACGGCGCCGCUCUGCUGAAACCUGCUGCAGGUAAGAAGCCACGCCAUCGGAGCUCACCGUCAUCGUCCUCCUCCUCCUCUCUGAGUUGGUUUCUCACUGCCCUGGUCUUUUUCUCUGCGUCUGUCAGAAGGAGGAAGUGAGGAGGUGCAUGUGGGAAAGAUCUCCUUCAGUCCAGCAGAGGUACUGGGACACGGCACAGCGGGGACGUUUGUCUUCAGGUACAUGUGGACCGGAUCAGUGAGUGUAUACAGACCUCUUUAGAAGUUGACAGGUUCCUCAGAAGAACUUUAGAGACGAUUCAGGAUGAAAUACAGGAACUUCCUGUGCGCUCACAGCGAUAUCGUGUCUUUGACUUCAGGGGGAACUUUGACGGGCGUCAGGUGGCGGUGAAGAGGAUACUCCCCGAGUGUUUUGAGGUGGCAGAGCGUGAGGUGCAGCUCCUCAGAGAGUCCGACACGCACCCCAACGUCAUUCGAUAUUUCUGCACAGAGAGAGACCGCCUCUUCACCUACAUCGCCAUCGAGCUGUGCGCCGCCACCCUGCAGCAGGUGGGUCCUGAGCGUCCUCUCAAAGCUCCGAGCGUUGGUUAGUCUUCAUCACAUGACUGAAAAUGUGCUUUUAUGAACCUCUGCAGUACGUGGAGGACCCGUCUCACUUUCCAGAACUGAGUCCGAUCACUCUGCUGGAGCAGACCAUGUGUGGACUCUCUCACCUGCACUCACUCAACAUAGGUACGAUUCACACACACACACACACACACACAAACACACACACACACACACACACCUGAACUCACUAUACCUGAAACACUGCCCUAGUGGGGACACUGUUCAGGGAUUCUGUCAAACAUCCUGAGACCUGAUGGACUGAAGCAGCAUCAGGGUCAGCAGCUCCACCCUGAGGCCGCCUGAAGUACUGCAGGGUGUCAAUAACUUCAGUUAUAAACUAUCAUGAAUGAGAAAAGGUCUGGACACUGUUUCAGGGUUUGAUAAGAUCCUUUUCUUCUUCUAGUUCAUCGAGACCUGAAGCCCAGAAACAUCCUCCUCUCCGGUCCAAGCGCUCUGGGCCGGGUCCGAGCUCUCAUCUCUGACUUUGGACUCUGUAAGAAGAUCCCAGAUGGUCGCUGCAGCUUCUCUUUACGCUCAGGAAUACCAGGAACGGAGGGCUGGAUCGCUCCUGAGGUCCUGCGGGACACGCCUGUUAACAAACCGGUACGUUUGAAGCUCCGCCCACUCCGCAGGAUCCUCUCCUUCUGGGUUAGGGGGAGGUUUUUAUUUUUUUGGUUAUGACCUCUUCUCUCCACAGACGGCAGCGGUGGACGUUUUCUCUGCGGGCUGCGUGUUUUACUACGUGGUCAGCAGGGGGCAGCACCCGUUUGGUGAUCCGUUAAGACGUCAGGUUAACAUCCUGUCAGGAGAAUAUUCACUCUCACAUUUUAUGGAGGAUUUACACGGUGAGAACAUUUAAAAAAAAGACAGAAGUAGGUUCUGACCCGGUUUUGGUUCUGACCCGCUCUAAACCCGUCCUGCUAAAUACUCUCACUGUCAGGAUCUUCAGUGGAUUUAAAAGCAGCUUCUCGACUCAUUCUAGAGUCACAGCUCAGAGAUCCAAACGCCCCAAAAAUCCUAAAAAUCUGUUUCUCUGUUAAACCAGAUGACGUCAUCGCCCAGGACCUGAUCGAGCAGAUGAUCCACGCCGAACCAGAGCGCCGUCCCUCCACCGCCUGCGUCCUCAAACAUCCGUUCUUCUGGAGUCCUGAGAAGCAGCUGCUCUUCUUCCAGGUGAGUCACAUCAUGAAAAUAAAGACACACGGCGUGAUGUUUGAAUCCGUUUAAAGCUCCUGUGAUGAUUCUUAAACUUUAAAAAUGCUGAUUGUUCGUUUUCUGAUGGUCAUCACGGGUUCGUACUGGAUUUAUUUGUGUGUGUGUGUGUGUCUGUGUGUGCAGGAUGUGAGUGACCGCAUAGAGAAGGAACCAGCAGACAGUCAGAUCGUUGUCCGACUGGAGACGGCGGGAAGAGCAGUGGUUCGGACCAACUGGAGGAUGCACAUCUCUGUGCCGCUGCAGACAGGUGAGUUCACCACGAGCAGUAUUUCCAGGAUCAGGGGAAAGUCUCAGACCCAGAAACAGUCAAUUAAAGAUGUCAGAAGGUACUGAAGCUCAGACACAGACUUUGAUCCAGUCCAGGUUCCCAUCAGACUCUAUAAAACCACAAAUUCAGUCAUUCAUUUUUGUGAUGGCAACUAAAGGUCCUUACACACCGGGGCCGACGCGAAUAUGAUCAUGAUAUUGGCCGAUUAUUGCCUGUUAGGCUUGUCUUUGAUUUUAUUUUUUAUUUUUUUUUAUUAUUAUUACUAUUAUUAUUUUCUUUUCAUAAAGCCUUGUUUUUGUUUUACUUCAUCAUUAUUUUUAUCAUGUUCAAAUAAAGAAAGAUAAAGAAUAUAGAACGUGAAAUGACAAAAUAUUGGGAGGCGAAUUUUGAUGCACCCGACUAUACACAUAAAGCCCGAUGCGAUUUUGCGACUCUCCGGGGGGAAAAAGACGCAUCCCAGAGAAGACUUUUCCCGGGGAAUGUCCCGCCUCCUUCGCCUCUAAUUGGCUUGAAAAGCUGGAAACGUCAUCACGCGCUCAAACCAAACCGUCAGCACUUAUAACCAAUCAGAGACGAUGGAGGGCGGGACCUUCCCUUAACAACCUACAGUGUCCCGGGCAGCUUUUUAGUUUGCACCUGCAAUUUAGUGCUUGCUAUUUUGGAUCUUAGUAGAUCAGGACCUAUAAGUACACAACUCAGAGUGCGGAUUUCACAUUUACUAAUACACACACACACAAUCACUGUACACAACUACAAAUGACAUGUGACAUACCUUCAUACCCCUCCGCCUCCUGAUGCUCCUUUAACCAUUUCUCCUCUUGACUUUCAGACCUGCGGCGGUUCAGGACCUAUAAAGGGAACUCAGUCCGAGAUCUGCUGAGAGCCAUGAGGAAUAAGGUCAGAGUGCAAACGUAAACUCGAUAUUUCCAAACACCUUUAAAUCACCUUUGACCUCUCUCUGACCUCUUCACCUGUACGUUACAGAAGCACCACUACCAUGAGUUACCCCCAGAGGUGCAGGAGACCCUCGGUGAGCUGCCCGAAGGCUUCAUCAGCUAUUUCACCUCACGGUUCCCACGGUUACUGAUGCACACACACUCCGCGCUGCACGUCUGCGCCCAGGAGAGACUGUUCCACCCCUACUAUCUGCCCCCACACGCCAAAUAACCCCCCCACGCACACUCAUGCGCUGAGUGCAGAGCCUCGUUACUGCUUUUGUAAAGCCCGACCUCUUUGGAAAGGGAGGAGACGACAGUGCUGUGAGGAAGUUUGAGACGCUUUUAUAGAUUUAUAUUUUGUAUUUAUUGCAGCUGUUGAUCAUGAAAUGAUCGGAAAACAGAUGCAGAAAAGCACUUUGAGUGUAGAGAGAGGCAUGCACAGUUACGUCUGAUAUCCUCGAAUAAAUAUGAUGGAGGAGCGAAACACAAACACACAUAUAUAUAUUCAGACCCAGGAGUUCUUGUGUUUCAUGAAUAACACCUGCAACAGAUUAACCCGUUGUUUGCUGGAGUGUUGCAGUGGUUCCUUCGUCUUUAUUUCACAUUUUAGAAGUUUUUUCAUUUCAGUUUAAACUCAAACUAAAGUGCAACUGUUUUAAUUCUCAGGAGCGAAACAGAAAAAAUGUUUUAAAAAUAAACAGUUUUAACAUUUCUUAUAGUUUAAUUAAGACACACAGAUAUAAGGUGAUUGUUACUCCUAAAGGCAGAGAUUAAACUUAGAUAACAGUAUAAUAGAUCACACAUUAAAGUCAUGGUUGACGAUCCGAGAAGCAGUUGAUCCGUUGAGGCAGAUUUUAAAAAAGCGUCCCACCCCCCACACACAAACCUCUCCCCUCUGUGCUCCACGAUAACUUCCCCCGAACCUGUAUCUUCCUCACCCCCUCUGGCAGAGCAAGAAGCCGGCUGGCAGAAGAUCCUAUGCUGGUUUCAAAUAGAAUUCACCAUGUUGGAUUGUUAGGGACUAGCGGCAGUAAACGUCCUUCUCCAUCACAGCUCCUUUAGCUAAGCUGCUACGCUACUUUUAGCCGCUCAGAGCUCCGAGGACAGCCGGGAGAGUGGGAGGGGACGAGUUGGAACUACAGGAGAGGGGUGUGUCAAAUACAGCGAGGUGAUUGGAUGGAGAGGCGGAGCAAGAGAUUGACCAAUAGUAGCUGUCUGGGACAGAUGGCUCCCAUUGGUCAAUGUUUUUGCAGCCCUGCACCUGAUCGAGUGAACAGAUUUUUUCCGUUCUUUUUUCUCUUUACUUUGUGUAGAUCGCACUAUAGGACCAUGCUCGCCAUAGAAACGAGGUUCAUAAUAAUAAUUACCAAUCUCUACAAUCAUCAACCAUGACUUUAAGAUGCUUCACAUUCAGGAUGAACUGAAAAACAGUUUACACAAACUUUGUCACAGCACUGUAAGUUCAGCACACACCCAACACUUGACUGUAAAAGACGGAGCUGGUGUUGCUGAUUUACUGAUAGUCAAUGUGUGUGUGUGUAUGUGUGUGUGUGUGUGUGUGUGCACCCCCUGAAGUAACUGCACUGACUGACUGAAGAAUGUUCUGACUUUUUUUUAAACAUACACAACAACAGGAAGUGCUCUGCCCAUCAAAAUCGACCAGAAACCUUAAAAAUGAAGAUUUUAUAUGAGACUCCAUAUUUCGACACUCCUGUACGUUGGCAGAUCUGAAUCCUCCUGAAAAGCUCCUCCUGAAAAUCUGUGUGAAAUCUCUCCUGUAACCACUGGAUGGCGCUGUGUUUCUUGGACUGCAGUUGAUUGAAUGAUAAAGAAUCAAACUUUUGUACUUUUUCGAAUGAGUGAAUUAAAUCGAUGCUGUGGGUGUGUCAGAGAAGGGAAAUCAGGUGUUUUAGAUAAAAAUUUAGAUACAAAAGAGUCGAUAUUAAAAAAAUAUCAACAGUAAUGUUUGUUUUUCCAGUCAUUUGAUUCAGACUGUGAAAAGUCCGGUUUCUUGUCAGGUAUUUCAGUCCUGAAAAAAGUGUCUCACCUAGGCAAAGAAGAAAAGAAGUGGACCAUUACUCGGUGGUCCAAAGUCCUGUUGUCAGAUGAAAGUCAAUUCAAGGUCAAAAUGAGGGUCCCAGAGUCUGUAGGAGGAUCAGAGAGGUCCAGAAUCUAAGGUGCUAAAGUCCAGCUUGACGUCCCCACAGUCUGUGAUGGUUAGAGGAGCUGUAUCAUCAUCUGCUGCUGCUGGUCGACCUUACAUAGUGAACUUACAGAAUAUCCCUACAGAUUGACCUUACAGAGUUAUCCUACAGGUGACUUUACAGAGUGACCCAACAGAGUGACCCUACAGAGCGACUCUGUAGAAUGGCUUACAGAUUGACAUUCCAUAGUAACCUUACAGUGACCUCACAGAGCAGCCCUACAGAUUGAUCUUACAGAGUUACCCAAAGAGGGACCUUACAGAGUGACCCUCGAGAGCGGAUUUACGGAGUAACCUUACAGAUUGACCUUACAUAGUAACACUACAGAGUGACCCUAGAAAGUGACCCUACAGAGCAGCCUUACAGAGCGACCUUACAAAGUUACCGUACAGAGCAACCUCACAGAUUAGCCUUACAGACUGGCGUUACAGGGCAAUAUUACAGAGCAACCCUACAGAGUGACCUUACUUAGUGACCUUACAGAGCGUCUUUAAACAGUGGCCUUAGAGAGCAACUUUACAGAGUGACCUUACAGAGCGGGUUCAUGCUGUUUGGUGUAAUCACAAAAACAGUUUCAGUUUCUCCAGAUGAGGAGUCAGAGUUACUGACGGGAACUGAGAGGAAACUAUUUUUAACUCGGACCGUUUGACUGAGCCAAGAGUCAGGCAGAAGUAUGAUCAGCAUGAGAAUUAGAAAAAACAUCUGAAGGAGCUCAUGUUUUCUCAUAGAGGGUCAAAGGUCAUGUUCAAAAGAAAGUACAGAAAUUAAUUUGGUCAUUAUUGGUAAAUGUCCCGGAAAGGUCCAGAAUCUGCCCCGGAGUCCGUUUAUCAGGACUAGAAGGUUGAAGAGGGGCGUUUGCUAUCCAAGCAUCAAAGUGUUGCAGUACUUCUUUUCACCAGCAGGGGGAGACAUACGUCAAGUUAAUCUCCAAACCACCUUUACUGAGUAACACAGACAGGAUGGUCGAUUAAUGAAUUGAUUCCACAUGUUCAGAUUUGUUGUUAUAUCAUGUCGUUUUGUCCGUUGGCGGUUUUGUUCGUCAUCUAUCCAUGUAAACGUGUUUAUCUGUUGGGCCCAUCUCCCUGGAUUAACACACAAUCUGCCCACCAGGCUCCGGUCCAAAGAGAGAAAACAGCCCGUCCAGCAGAGCCAAGAAGAUGCCAGGAAUCACAAAGUUAAACCCACUGUCAGUGUGAACCAAAACAGAAGUGCUCUAAUGAUGAGAAGGCCCGGGGUCCAGUGAUGUGUCACGGCCAAAUCAUCAGUUAAUGAACCCCGGGUUGUUUAGUUUCGACUGCAUGAUUCAAGCCUUUGGUGUUUGAGUGUGUGUGAGUUUGUGAGUGUGUGUGUGUGUGUGAGUGUGAAGUCAGAAACCCAGGGAGUACUCGCCUCAUUACUAAAUAUCAGAGUUCAGCUGUAGGUCCAAUCAAAACAGCCUCUGAGAAACAUCAGUAUAACCAGAGUCAUGAGACCAAUUUACUCACACACACAUGCAGCUGUGUACACUUUCCCACACACACACACACACACACACACACACGCUGGUUUAUAAACAGCUUCGGUCAAUGUAUACUGCAGGAGCUGUCUGCAGACUCAUUUCUCCACUACGUCUAAUUUCUGAUUUCUCUGAUGAAGUGAUAAACUCCUGAAGGUUCAAAAAGGAGAAUGUCUAUAGAUAGAUGUGUAUGAUCGGACAGGCUGCAGAUGCACAAAAAGAUGGACGACAUGCAGGCUCCCCAAAAGUGAAGCUCCGCCGACUGAUUAACUCGCCAAAUAUUGUUUUUAAAGUUGAUUUUCAUCAUAUUGAUAAAGUUUAAUGUGGUGAAUGUUGUUGGUUCAUGACUCAGACUUUUAAAAUAGAGCAGGGUGAUAUUUUCAUGUUCAUGAAGAGGACUAAUCCUGCAAACUAGGGGGCGCCAAAACGCCCUGAGAAGUCUGAGAAGAUGUAGAGUUUUUAUAAUGAGAAUAAAACACACACGCACACAGAUAUACACACACACACACAGAAAUGUUUAGAGCUACUUGAGGACAAAAUGUCCUGCACCCUCUCUCUCCCUCCCUCUCUCUCUCACUUCCUUAUGUUUCAGAAACCUCUCUCUCUCUCUCCCUCUCUCUGGGGACGUGUUUUUCUGCUCCCUGUUUCCCCCUCUCAUCUCUCUGGUAGGACCACGGGAGACGGGUUUGGGUUUCUCUAAUGUGUGUGUGUGUGUGUUACAGUCGUUCUUACAGUCUCUCCAUUUUGGGAUCAGGACAGGAAGUGGGCUCAACAGAGGAAACAUGACCUCCUCCUCCUCCUCCUCCCUCUGUCCUCUUACUUUUUCUUGUAUUCGCUCUUCCUCUCUUUGUGCCCCCCCCCGGUCAGUCUGUGCCGACGCGUUCACAGGGUCAGUCCUGUCUUUUUCAGGCUGUCACAUGCGUUUGUGCGGUGUGUGUGUAUGUGUGCGUGUGUUCAGUGUGUGUGUGUGUCUCACAUCCUGUGUAAAUAAAUCCACGUUAAGCAGAGAGAGUCCUAAAACAACGUUGAAGCUCUGCUCCUCCGUCUCUGCAUGAGCUCCCUCCCUCUCUCUCUCCCUUUCUCUCUCUCUCUCUCUCUGUCGCUCUCUCUCUCUCUCUCUCUCCGGAGACUCGGUCUGUUCUGGAUCAGAGCUGCUCUGAUUAAAAGCCAAAGCAAAGGUCAGACUCUGCUGGGUAACACUGAGACGCUCUGGCCUCAGCUCUGCUCUCGUACCCUCGAGUUAAAGUCAUGGUUGACGAUUGUAGGGAUUGGUAAUUAUUAUGAACCUCGUUUCUAUGGCGAUCACGGUCCUAUAGUGCGAUCUCCACAAAGUGAAGAAAAAAUCUGUUCCCUCUAUCAGCUGCAGGGCUGCAAAAACAUUGACCAAUGGGAGCCAUCCGUCCCGGACAGCUCCUAAUGGUCAAUCUCCUGGUCCGCUUCUCUCCGGCUGUCCUCGGAGCUCUGAGCGGCUAAAAGUAGCGUAGCAGCUUAGCUACAGGAGCUGUGAUGGAGAAGGACGCAAAAAAAACCCACUUCUGCUCGCCCCACUGCCAAAGGUUGGAAGAAAACGCAAGCUGACAGAAGAAAGGGCGGAGACGAAGAGGAAACGUGACCAAGCGAGGAAUCUAACUCGACCAGGAUUUGGGCCUGAAAACAGAUUUGUUGGUCAUUUUUAUCUCCUUUUAUCGUGGCUCAUGUUACAUAAAUAACUCUUAUUAGUCUCUGACAUGUCAACACGGUAGCUGUCCAGGCAGCUGCAGACGGCGCUCGCGAGCAGAGCUGGCGUUUACUGACGCUAAUCACUAACAAUCCGACAUGAUGAAUUCUAUUUGAAGCUAGCGUAGGAUCUUCUUGCUCUGUCAGAGGGGGUGAGGAAGAUACAGGUUCAGGGGGGAGUUAUCGUGGAGCACAGAGGGGAGAGGUUUGUGUGUGGGGGGUGGGACACUUUUUCAAAUCUGCCUCAACGGCAGCUUUUUUUUUCCAAUUGCUUCUCAGAUCGUCAACCACGACUUUAAACCAUGGAGAAGAAGAUCUCAUGCAGGGCUGGCCUUCAGGCCUUCAUCUUCUGCUCGCUGGAUUUAAGAGAAGACCGUCCUGAGUUCAUGAGACGGCCCCCAGGUGGAAGCAAAGAAAACCAUCUUUCUUUCUCCUCACAGCUCCGGCUUCAUUUUCUAAACUCACCCCCACGUCCCUCUGUCGGCUAACCUCUCCAGCUCAGAGGGUCUCGACCUCUUUGCUUUGCAGUACACACACUCAAACACACACAAACACACACACACACAAAUACACACACAGGCGCCCACUCUGAGAAAAUAAAGAAACAGCAUGUCAGCAAACGGCAGUGUAUUUCACCACAGAGCACAGAGCCAAGGCACUGGGAACCCAAAAAUGACCAUGACGACGACAAAAACAACAGCAGAAGAAGAAGAAGAAGAAGAAGACAUCUCUCUCUCUCUCUUCUUCUCCUCCUUUCUUUCUUUUCUGCUUGUUUUCUUUUUUCCAGUGCAAUGACGAAAAAACGUACAAAAAAAAAGUGGAUAAUCUAACGACAGACGUUACAGUGGGACUGUUAGACAGAGUGGUGUUUGUAUUGUAGGGUUACACACAGUGUCAGUCAAAUACUUACAGUACUCUAUGUACAAGUAUAAACAUGAACAUCAGGGUCAAAGGUCAUGAUGAAAACACACAGACGACAGUUUUUAACAGUCCGAUAACGAGGCAUGAGGAGGAAGAGUUGACGCUCCACGGCGUGAUGUUGGUGAUCCGGAGACGAGAGGAAGGUGACGGGCUCGGGUCGUUUCAGACACAGUUCUGGUCAACAGUUUCACCCCCGUCAUAAAUCAGUGCAUAAAAGGAUAUUCGACUGGAGGUAACCAUAGCAACACGGCUCUUUCGUACUCAUCAUGAGCUAACUCUUAUUUAUGAGAUAUGGAGGAGUGAUGGACUGAUCACAUUUAAAGCUCUAUUCAGUGACUUGGAGGAUUAAAAAAACUGCUUCUUUAAAGCUCUUGUAAGCGACUCUCAGUGUGACAGAUUUGACUGUUAAAGGAAAAGAUUCUUUCUCCACAGGGGGCGCCAAAAACAGCCCAAACUGAAAGUUCAAUGUUUUAUCCAACGAUGUUAAAAUAAUAACAAUAAUAAAGAAAUGUCAGAGUGAUACGACCUUUCCACUUCAGAGACAGGAGCGGUAAUUUCAAACAGAAAAAAAGAGUUUUAAAGACGACGGGAUCGAUGGUGUGAGUGUUUCUUCUGUAAAUUAACGCCCGUCUUCAGUAUUUAAAAACUCCUCCAGCUUCUAUGGUAAUUAUCAGACCGAGAACAGUGAACUCUCAGACUGUCAAAUAAUCUGUCUGAGUAUUUCCACGACAUUACUGAUGUCUUCAAAUUCAUGACUCUGAAACUAAAGGAAAAGGGAGAAACGUCACAUUUUCAAAACCUGAGAAUUUGAAAGUCAAUCAUCUGGAUUUAUCGUUAAAGGUCCUUACACACCGGGGCCGACAUGAAUAUAGAGCGCAAAAUUACGAAAUAUUCGGAGGAGAAUUUUGACGCGCCUGACUAAACACAAUAAGCCCGAUGUGAUUUUGCGACUCUCUGGGGGAAAAAAGACGCAUCCAGGGUGGAAGUGAGAAGACUGAGCCAACAGCAGACUGAGUGUUUUUCAGUUCUGAUCAGACUCUAGUGUUGAGAUGUCUGUCUGUCAUGAUAGCAUGUACUGAGUCGGGGCCAGUACCAGAUAAACACAUUAAACUAUAAUCCAUAAACGUAAGGGAACAACCGAGACCGAUUGAGUUUGAGACAGUGAAAAUACAUAUGGUAUGUUGUAUCUGAACAGGUUAGCUUACGAGCUUAAGUUACUUAGCAUAGAUGAAAGUUAAAACAAAGACGUUUAUCAAACUGUUAAAGCUCACAAACCAUCGUCAUAUGAGAAAUCCGACGCUAUGACUCUCCACAAGUCGUCCUUUGUAAUAUUUGUGUCUUUUACCAAAAAUCACUCUGUUCUCCGACACGUAAACAAUCAGACAAUCAAUCUGACGUUGCAACAACACACAAUCUGAUUGGUCAGAAAUGGACACACAGUAUGCGAAACUUUAGAAAAAUCUACCGUGAUCCGAAAAAAUGAAUGCCGCAAUAUCGCAGGACGAGAAAACGUCGCUGAUGUGAACGCUUGUAUUGACAGGAUACGGGUUUGAAAAAAUAUUGACGUCCGAAAUAAUCGCACGAAAAAACGUUCCUGGUGUGUAAGGACCUUUAGUCUGCAGCACUAACCCUCCGAGGAGAUCUCCAGAUUUAAAAUCUAAAACUCCAAAUUCAGGUUUGGAUAAAAACCCUCCGAAUGUCCCUCAUGAGACCAUCACUCCAGUCCAGUAAAGGAUUUAAUUUGAACAAAUGAUGUCCAUAAAGAUCCACAGAUUACUUCCAAUCAGGCUCAAGUCGUCUGUGAUCCGUCUUAGGGUGUAAGAUCUGGAUCUGCUUUUUCAGUGAGAGGAUCUUAGUGAUGGAUAGAGGUUGAUUUUUGGUGAUCCAGAUCAUCGGGCUCCUAAACUUCUCCUCGUACACAAAGAAAACCAUCUUUGAUGAACACAUGAACAGAAGAAUUAAAGCCAUUUGUUGUUCUGGUUGUUGAAGACAUUUGAAGGUUUCCUCUCUGACCUCUGUGUCACUCAGAAAUGUGGUUUCAUUAUUCAAGUGGAUUUAGAGUUCAGCCCUCUGCCGUCCUCGUCCCUUCUGAUGGUCUAAAACAGAAGCUGUGAGAGGGUGAACAAGAAGUCUUCAUGCAGAGAGAGAGAGAGAGUUUAUUUAUGAGCUGUUUAAAAGUGCAGCGAUGGUGGGAAACAGUCCGAGACGCAGCGAGAGAGCAGGAGAAGAGGAGAGGAGGAGGAAGACAGGAGAGGAGGAGGAGAGAUAAAGACGUGUUAUCUGUUCAUCCCCGGUCUAAAAGCAGAAGAGGUAAAGAGAGAGAGAAAGGAAGGAUUCAUCUCUUUCCUCUUUAAAGUUCACUGACAGGAACACUUGUGCAACCUUAUCACAUAACACAGCAUAUGACCGGGCUGAGCCAGAACCGCCCGUCCUCUCCUCUGUCACGUGUGCGUCAGGACAAUCUUCCUCUUCUUCUUCUUCUUCUUCCUCUUCCUCUCACAGCUCUGACUUGACUUGGUUUAGUGACAGGUUUGUCAUUUUUCAUAUUCACACACACACACACACAGAUCAGAGACAAACACACUUUCAGUGCUCAGGUGUUGGUGGUGUUUUUUUUUUUUUUCCUCUUUUGUUUCAUCAGUUUUUUUUUGAACCUGUGUUUGUUAAAGCUACAGAAGAAAAGAGGAAGGACUGUCUUUCCAGCAGACACACAUUUAUACAGGGUAAGGGUACGGGUCAGGGUCCGGUCCACAGAGACCCUCACAGUUUCCACAGGUCCACGGUUACUCCACAGUUUGGUUAAAUCCACACACACUGAGUGUCGGCUCCACAGGUCAGUGUUCAGGUGCUGCAGUCUUUCGCCCGUCCUUCACAGACGGCCUCGGCGGCGUGAGCGUCACUGCAGCAUGAUAUCUUUG